CGGCUGUAUUGAUUGGCGGGCCAGAGCGGUGAGAGGUGAAAGGUUACCGCAUGGGUUUGGAUGAUCAAGCGGGCUGAAAAACAGUGAAGCACACUAGCUUUUGUCCAGAUUCACCUGUUCCAUAGAGAAUUGACUUGCAGAUAAAUAAUCUAAUUACACUUCUGACGCAUAUGCAAGAAAGGUAACUAAAUUUGUUAUUCAGCGCACUUAAAUCGAUUGUAUCUGGUGUCAGUUCACCCUCAGAUAAGUUAGACGGCUAAGCUAACACAAAGUUUUCGCGGUUGUGCAGUUGUUCAGUUUGACAUCUGAUCACGCAUUUUAUUCGACACAAAUCUAAAACAACAGAUUACAUCGUCGUGUUGCAUCUCAUUUAAGUGUAUAUUAAGUGUAAUGGCCGAGAGACCAGAGGACCUCAAUCUUCCCAAUGCUGUCAUCACGCGGAUUAUAAAGGAGGCAUUGCCAGACGGAGUAAAUGUGUCCAAGGAGGCAAGAAGAGCAAUAUCUCAAGCAGCCAGUGUUUUCGUUCUCUACGCAACAUCUUGUGCAAACAAUUUUGCUAUGAAAGCAAAAAGGAAGACCCUCAACGCUGGAGAUGUGAUGUCAGCCAUGGAGGAGAUGGAGUUCGAGCGUUUCUUGCAGCCCUUGCGGGAAGCACUUGAAGCAUACAAGAAAGGUCAGAAAGGCAAGAAGGAAGCAUCUGAGCAAAAACGAAAGGACAAGGAGAAGAAGAACAGCACAGAUGAGAAUGACAAGAGUAGAGAUGAAGAGGAAGACGAGCACAUGGAUGAUGAGCAGGAGGGAGAGAAUGAAGGAGAGGAAGAGGAUGUGGAGAACUGAGAAGCAGGAUUGUUUUAUUUGGUCAGUCAGCCCUGGUUUAUAUCAACCAUGGCAAAUGAUGGUAGUUUCCACUUUAAUAGUGGGACGGGUGAUAUGUGGUCUGGACAAACCUCUGGUACAGAAUAUGCUUCUCUUCAUGAUAUUGAACAACUGUGGCAACAUUCCUGCAGAUACCUCACUGUAUUCAAAGGAGCUAUCUUUUAGAUAAACUGCACAUUAUUCAAAUUCAGUUUAAUUAGUUACAUAUAACACAGUAGUGUCCAUAGUUUGAGAGCACAUAAACACUGUUAAUGGGGUAAAUAAAUGGAAAAAAAAGUGUUGGUGUCAAUUUGGGAUAAGAAAUAAAGAGGGAGCAGCUUGAAGUACCUAUAAAACACUUUGAUGCAACAUGGUAGUUUUUCCCCUCAUUUUAAAACCAGCUUUUGUUCCAGGGCAGCAACACAUACCUAAGCUUAGAUACUUUUGUACUUUAGGUUUACAACAUGGGGAUAUUUGAGAACAUGUUGCUAUUUUUAAAAUAAAUUGUCAUUUUCAUA